AUGAAUACCGAUCAAUUUUGGACAUAUGUCAAACAACGUUUCAAUGAAGGUUUUGCUAAUUUGGUUUGCCUUGAAUUGAAAUUCUUCGUUCCAAUAGCCUUCAAGAGUGUCGAAACUCUUGAUAUUCUUAAAAAAUACAUCGAUCGUCGAAUUCCAGAUAUGAAUGAAAAUUCGAUUAAACUAUUUUUUGAAAAAAACGAAGAUUCUCCAUCAAAGGGAAAUGUCGUGACGAGUGAUAGUACAGACACUAGUGCUGACGGUGAUAAAAGUAAUUCAAGAAAACGAAGAGGUGAUAGUACUGUUGAUACAAUGGAACAUUCGGUUAAACAUCGUAAGCGUCAAAUUCGAGCAAAUAAACAUAAUCGAGAUGAGUGGUCAUUUUCGUCCGAUGAAUAUAUGUUACCCACAGUGGACGAACAGGAAUCAUCACAUGAUUGGAAAGCUCAACCUCCACUUCAACGUGUUACUUUAACAGUAGAUACAAUAAAUGAAACUAAGUAUAAAAUUGUUGUUGUCACCGGUGCUAGUAAAUCAACAAUUGUUACAGAAAUUCUUGAAGAUGAUAAUAACUUUUUUUCACGAGUGUGGAUAUGA